AUGUGGUCAUCCUUCCGCCCAGGCUUCUCGCAAACCUCCUCGCUCUUCGGAAACGAGGAAUUCAAUCGCAUCUACUACUCCGUUGGCUUUGAGAAGGACGGUGGCGCCACAGCUUCCUCCAAACCCACGACGGUGCUGAAGAUUGCCCGCCCAGCAAGCUAUGCAGAUUUGCGGAAUCAUGUUGAACAACGAUGCCAUAGCAACCUGAAGCAGAUGUCUGAUGAAACAAUAACUCAGCUGAUUUCUUUAAUUCCACGCGACUUGAGUGAGCUGGACAUCCGAUUGGAUGUCUUCGAGUUCAUUCCCAAUCCCUCUCGUGAUGCCUUGGUUCAGUGCUAA